AUGUCCCUCCCUACACGUCAGGUUUGCAUAGCCAAACAAUUCACUAGAAGCUUAACUAAGGCCAACUCCAAGAAGUUGCCUGUUCAGUUACUACAGGACUACCCUCCACAUGGUGUCAAGGGUCAGAUCAUAGAAGUGGCCCCAGCAUUCAUGAGAAACGUUCUCCAUGUGGACAACAAGGCAUGCUACAUCACCAAAGAGCACGGCCCUCGUAUACCCGUGUUCACACCUCCUAAGGUGACGACUCCAGCACCAGCUAAAACUAAGAAGGCGCCAGCACCAAAGAGCGGAAAGGUCGACGCCACGCCUGCAUUAUCAUUAGACGAAUUAUCGUCCUUAUUUUCCAACAUGAAGAGUGGUUCAAAACUGAGAAGAGGUCUGCCGCAAGCAGCUGCUAAAGCUACCCCAGAUUCAUUGCCUGAAUCGUUACUUUACUCAUUCGAUGAUAUCCCUAAGCCAGCUACUCUUGCCGCGCUCAGUACCUUCUUGAGUGAAGCUACCAAAGUUGAAUUCUUGGAAGAUGGCCUUGGCAUCGAAGAUUCUGAAGGCGCCAUAUUAUCCGAGGUGAGCAAACCUGGCCGUUAUACUUGUGACAUCAAGGUCGCUGAUGGCAAGCCCAUCAAGAGAAAGCUUGUGCUUUAUUAA